UUUAUGUUGUUGUUUGUGGCGGUAAGAUGGCGGCGCUCGGAGACACCUCAGCUCCGGGGGUGAACGGGUUAAUACAACAAUUCACAGCAAUAACAGGGGCCACAGAAAGUGUUGGAAAACAUAUGUUGGAAGCAUGCAGCAACAACCUGGAGAUGGCAGUCACCAUGUUUCUGGACGGAGGCGCGAUCGCAGAGGAGCCCAGCACCAGCUCCAGUUCGACAGCUUCGAGCAGCAGAGCUCCCCCCACAGAUGAAGUACGAGCACCUAUUCCCCAGAAGCAGGACAUACUGGUUGAACCAGAACCACUUUUUGGAGUGCCAAAGCGAAGAAGACCUGCUCGAUCUAUAUUUGAUGGAUUCAGGGACUUCCAAACAGAAACAAUCCGCCAAGAACAGGAGCUGCGUAACGGUGGCACGGUGGACAAGAAACUGAGCACCCUGGCAGACCUUUUCCGUCCUCCCAUUGAGCUCAUGCACAAAGGCAGCUUUGAGACGGCAAAAGACUGUGGCCAACUGGAGAACAAGUGGUUAAUGAUCAACAUUCAAAACGUUCAGGACUUUGCCUGCCAGUGCCUGAACAGAGACGUGUGGAGUAACGACGCAGUGAAAACCAUCAUCAGAGAACACUUCAUAUUCUGGCAGGUAUAUCAUGACAGUGAAGAGGGUCAAAGAUACAUCCAGUUCUAUAAACUGAACAAGUUUCCCUAUAUUUCCAUCCUCGAUCCUCGUACAGGUCAGAAAAUGGUGGAGUGGAACCAGCUGGAUGUGGCAUCGUUCUUGGAGCAGGCGACCGGCUUCCUGGCAGAGCACGGGCAGCUUGACGGACCGUCCUGUCACGCACCCCCCGCUAAACGAGCUCGCUCUGAGAGUUUGAUUGAUGCCAGUGAAGACAGUCAGCUGGAGGCAGCAAUCCGAGCCUCCCUACAGGAAACACACUACGAGUCUUCAAAUGUCCCUGAAGCCCCAGAUUCCCCGCGAUCAGAUGACGACUCCGAUGCAGAGCCUUUCUCCGACAGCGAGGGUCCCAUCUCUGUGGAUGGCUCGGACAGCGAAAUGCCAGAAACACAGGAAGAGAAAAGUUCAACCAGCAAACACACCCCAGCCCCACCUGCCACAUCGGCUCAGCAGCGUCUUCACCCGGAUAAUUCAUCUUCUUGCCACAGAAAGUCUCCGUACAAAGAAAACAACCACUGUCACAAGAAAGAGGAGAGCAAAAAGAAUCACCUGGAGCCUUCGGCUGGCGGUCCUCGCCAUCCUCCGCCUGACACAGAAUCUGCAGGGAACUCCUGUACAACAGCAGCUGAAAACGCGGGGCCUUCGAAAAUCAGCACCUCCAAAACUCGUGACGUAGACUGCCCUGAUGACAAUGGUCCCAAAGCCAGAUUGAUGCUUCGUUACCCAGAUGGACAGAGAGAACAAAUUUCUUUGUCAUCUAAAGCAAAACUUUUGGCGCUGGUAAGACACGUCCAGUCCAAGGGUUACCCUAACGAACGCUUCGAACUCGUCACCAACUUUCCCAGAAGGAAGCUCGCCCACUUGGACUAUGACAUCACGCUGCAGGAGGCGGGGCUUUGUCCACAGGAGACUGUAUUUGUGCAGGAGAGGAACUAG